UGUUGCCCUUCCCAAUAAUUUGCGAUAACCCCCUCUCACACCCGAGCCACACAUGGUAUUCCUAGCUCAACAUGGCUUGAAAAACCACGAUGAUCUGCUGUUAGCUGUUACAAAUAACAUCUGUUGCUGUGUGUUUCGGUUUGUCCGGCCGCCCCAUAGCCAUUGUCAUUGUCCUUGCGCGCCUUGCGCUCAGUAGUAAAUUCGUGGACGUCUUCUAUUGGUGGCAUUGUUUUGCCGGUCUUUCAAUGUUGCGUGUCGGGUUAGAUCUAAUACUUUUCGAUUCGCUAUACAAAGUAAUCCCAAUACCUUCCGCCUAGACUCCCUUCUUCGCUACUCAGAAGAAAUCAUGGCUCUCAACUACAUCCCACUCUGUACUUGCUUGUUCUUUCUGUUUGGUUUCACUCUCUGCUAUUUUGACAUCGAGGAUCUGGAAGGCAUGGAAGGAAUGGAAAAUGUCAGAAUAGCCCGUUCCAUCGACAUAAGCGACCUUGGCGAAAAAGUCGCACGCAAGGAUCUUCUGCCUCCAUGUCAAGCGUGCAAGACCAUAGUCAAGACGUUUAUGCAUGGUAUGGAGCAAACUAAAAGGAACAAGUUUGACGGAGGAGACGUAGAAUGGGAGAAAAGGAACAUGGGAAAAUACUCAAACAGCGAAAUACGCUUCAUUGAAAUUCAAGAGAACUUAUGUGCAGAAGUUAUACAGGGACAGGAGCAUUGUCGAAACCUGGCAGAGCAGCAUGAGUCCUACCUCGAAGACUGGUACUUCAACAAGCAGCAGGAAGAGCCAGAUCUCCACAAAUUCCUCUGCAUUAAUGAAAAGAAAGUGUGUUGCCCAGAGAACCAUUAUGGACCUAAUUGCGAACCAUGCACUGGCGGAGCUGAGAAGCCGUGCAGUGGUCACGGCAAGUGCAAGGGUGGUGGAACUCGCAAGGGAUCCGGAAAGUGCAAUUGCAACACUGGCUACAUGGGGCUGCUGUGUGAUGAAUGCACAGAAGGAUAUCACAAGAGUACCAGUACAAGUGGAGAGAGUGAAUGCCUCAAGUGUCACAAGGCAUGCAAGGGCAACUGCACAGAGGGAGGACCUAAGGCCUGCCAGGCUUGCAACGAUGGCUAUGUCAUGACUCAAGAAUUUGGAUGCGUAGAUGUUGAUGAAUGCAUUGAAUCCGAGACUCCAGUUUGCAAGGAUGGAACUUUCUGCGUGAACAGUGAAGGAUCCCACGACUGUUUCGGCUGUGACAGGGCUUGUGCAAGUUGUACAGGAGAUGGCCCCGAUAUGUGUGUCAAGUGUGCUGAUGGCUACAUUCUCAAAGACAAGAUGUGCAUAGAUGAAAAAGAGGCAAAAGAGAAAGAAGAGCAAGAAGCCAAACAAAGGGAAGCAGAAUUAAAAGAAAAGGAAAAGUUGUGGUGGAGAGAGAUGCACGUGCUUGUGGCUCGCUAUUCCACCUACCUGGGCCUAUGCAUUGCCACCUUUAUCAUUUUCAAGAGGAACGCUUACGUCGCUUCCGUCAUUGGCCUUUUAGUGGCCGUGUACAUAGGCUUUUCCGAGUACACACUCAGCGGCUGGGAGUCUCACCAAGUGACUGCCCUUCUCAGGCAGUUUUUCCUGUGGUGACUGCGUCCAUGUGACUGGUUGCGGAUGCUUCUUUCUUUUCCGAACACUCUCUUAAGUGGGAAAUGGUGCCCUGUCAUGCAGUACGACUACAGCAUUAGCAGUGUUGAGGUGAAGCCCCUGUAGGAAGGGACUGACUUCAACUAAGUCCUCUCUUGUGAUUUGUAAAAAGGAAUGUUGUUGACAGCUCUUGCUACAAAUUUGUGCUACAAAGUAACUGUUUGGUUCGUCCUGUGAUAGUGUGUUAGUUUUUGUUGAAGUACCUGUUUUCUACUUAACAUUUGCCUUUAUAUACAAAAGGCUUUCUCGACUGCCUUUCAGAAAUUAAAACUGUGAAAUUAAAAUAGUGAAGGAAUGAGUAAAUCACAUUUGUAGAUCAACCACUGUGUCAGCGUGACAGGAAAAAGUACGCAUUUUUCGCAUGAACAAAAUGCAAAUUCCCAGAAUGACCAACAUUUCCCAUGUAGCCAGCAUGAGGCAGCUUUUAUUUUGCAUCACAUAGCAAAAUAUACACAUUUUGUACAUCAACUGCACCACAAGUAGCAGAACCUUGUUUGGGAUGUCCAUCUACUUUGUGCUCAUGUAACGUGUGCAGAUACCAUAAGAUGUGCCAAUCAUAUACAAGGCACAAGUGUGUAUUCACUUCACACAGCUAGUGCUUGGCACUUACAUUUGAGAGACAAGGCAGGUAACGAUAUCGCAGAUGUAAGGCAUAAUUAUGUACGUUCAAUCUUCAUGCUGGUCGUUCCUGAGCAAAUUGGCCAAGUGGUCAAUAGUGGCAAGCAGUAUUUGACAGGCAAAAAAGCAUCUUUGCUCUGCCACGUAUGUAAUGCAAAUUUUUUUUUUUUUAUAGUUCACUCAAAUACAGUUGGACAAACCCAAAAAAAGACUCCAGGAGUUUUUCUACUAUGCUAUGCUGAUUUGUUCUCAUUCCAUAAUAGCUCAUUAUAUAUAGAGCCUGAAGUUUUAGGGUUUUACCCGAUUCUUCCCCGAAUUUGCACCCCGAAUUGAAGGUUGCUGCUUUAGGGUGAAACCCGAUUUUUACCCGGCAAAUUGCCCUCACUGGGAUCUCUGUAGGAAUGCACAAACUUACUUAUUUGGCAGCAAAUGCAGUUCCAUCACCGUUUGUACCAAACCACUACACCACCACCACCAGAUUUCUCCUCGAAUUUAGCAUACGGGAAGUUUUUUCACCCGAAUUUGCAUGAAUUUAGUGCACAUAUUUAUUUACCUGAUUUUUACUCCCCGAAUUUAGAAAAAAAUAUUUCCCGAAAACUUCAGGCUCUAAUUAUAUAUAACAAUAUAUAUUGAACAAAGACCAAACUUUCCAAGACCAAGUAAUUUUCUACACAAUACGUAAUGCACACUAUUUUGUACAUGAAAUGCAAAUUGCACUGGACUGAGAAGAACAUUGUCCUUAGUCGUAACUGCGCAUGCCUGACCAGCAUUGCAUUGUUGAUUAAAUUACUAUUAUCAACAUGGCAUUGUGUUGUAUCGUCUAGUCAUAUACAUUGUACAUUCUUGUGAUUAUUUCAGUUAAGCUACGGAAAGAUGUGUAACUUUCUGCUAUAAUAAAUAUAGUGUAAAUACGUACUUGCUGUGGCUCAUACUCCCCAGAUAUCAUGCUCCAUUCCUGGUUUCAGAGGAACAAGAAAGUAAGGACACAUUGGGAGAGGCAACAAAUGAGACUGCAGAGGCGGCCACUCACAAGGAGGAGCUUUGAUGGGGAAUCUCUAAACACACCACCUUUUCAUUUUCUUCACCACCAUUCUCACAUACUACUACUACUAUGUGACAAGUAUAGUAGUGCUUAUUAAAGUUGUAUAUACGUGUGUAA